GAAGUUAUGCUGAUUUUUUUUUUUAUUUGCUAUUUUCUUUCUCUUCAGAUUGAAAAGCUUAAUGGAAUCCAAAUCAUCUAAGACAAGCAACAAGAAGGAUCCUGGUCCUGAUGAUGUUGAAGUUGAACAAGCUGCACGGAGUUCAAGGGGUAAAAGGGCAUUAGUUGAAAGACAAGGUUUUCCCAAGGCAAAGAAAACUAAGAGUCUAAAGGAGCUAUACCUGCAGAAACUAGUAGAAGUUGGGGAUAUGAGGAAAAAACAAAAUGAACCUGAUUGCAACAGUGGUGAUGAUGCUGAUGAUGUUAAAGUUGAACAAGCUAAACGGAAUUCAAGGGGUAAAAGGGCAUUACCUGCAAUACCAGGUUCUUCUAAGACAAAGAAAACUGAGAGUCCAAUGAAUCCAUCCUUGCAGAAACCAGGAGAAAGAACAAUUCAGUUGAAAAACCAUCAAGAAAAAUGGGCAAAGACUAAUGAAGAUGAGAAUACUUAUGAUGCUGCUGGAUCCUCUGGUGGCCCCACUGGCCAGUCCUUCCCACACAAUGAAGAGUUUCAACUCAAAGAUUUCAUGGCCUUUUGUGAGAUGCCUGUAAUUAAGGAACUCUGGGAAGCCUUUAGUGAAGCAUACACAGAAACUUCAAAGGGGGUAGAAAAGUUUCUUGAUGAACAUCGCAAGAGAGAAUUGAAUGGUAAAUGGCCAGAACGGUUCAAGAAACUUUUUGAGGAGGGAAUUACUGAGAAGUUCAAAGCCACUUUUUUAAAGUAUAAAGAAGAGGAUGAAAGACAAACCAGAGAAGAAUACAAGCAGAUUGUUGAACAGUUGGAGGAGGAUGAGUUUUUAAACAUGGCUGCUCUUCGCGAAUUUUGCCCUGAACCUGAAAUGUUGAUGGAGGGGUCCUUAAAUGUUUCCUCCAAUUUUGAGGGAGGAUUGCAGUCCAGCUCUACAAGGACAACGCCACUGACUGCCAAUGUCAUGAAAUCUACUGCAACUGGAGGCGAGCCUCAUCAUGACCCUCUUGCCAUGCAAGGAGGAACUACUGCUGCUGGUGAAUCCUCUGGAGGUCCCAACACCCACUCCUCCCCACACAAUGCAAAGAUUUAAUCCACUUUUAUGUAGUUUCUUAUGUUACAUGUCGCGUAGAUGACGCACAUUUUAUGUUUAUGUUGGUCCAGCUAUUGUUUAGAAUGAUAUGAACUUUUUUUUUUUUUUUUACAAUUAGCAAAUUUUUGAGAUGAUAUCAUGUGUUAUCCUUUUCCUGCUUUUCUUGUAAAAGAAGUGGCACACUUUUAUUACAAGUUUUGCCUUGAGGUGUGACCAAUAGGAUUUUAGAGAUAACACAUCAACACUAAUUUGGUCAUUGUGUUGAAUGGGAUAUUUGAACUU